GACGACGCUCAUGACUAUUCUAACGAGGAAGAGAUACGCUACAAAAACCUUUUAACGUGGGUUGAACAUCGCCUGGGAAACAUCUCUAGAGCCAUACAAUUAAACAGAGACGUGCUGAAGGCAACGGGUUAUGGAAAUAUAUCUGCCCUUGCAGCUCGCAUUCACUUGUGCAAAGGUGAUAAGAGGAAAAUGGAGAUAUAUCUAAAAAAAUUGGAAAAGAUGAAAAGCCGUGAACAGUUUAAUGACCUUUUGAUCGAGUCUUAUGCUGAGCAGGCUUACUAUUAUAGUAGAUUAGGCAGUUUUUGGCAUUUUAAACUCUCUAUUGAAUUAUACAACAAAGCCAUUCAAGUGUGCCCCAAGAGAUAUUUGUGGAUAUUCGGACUUGGAUUGGUGAAUAGAAGAUUAUCCUACUUUCACAUG